AGGUUUAAAGAAAAAUAUACUGUUUAGUGAAGAUUUAACAACCAAUCUUUCUUUCACUUUCAGAUAUGGGAUCUAUGGGAUCUCCUUACUUCAGCAAUAAUGCUAGAGCCUGGAGAUCUGAUUGAAUUUCAGAGAGUGGGAUACCAACACUGGGGCAUCUAUGUGGGAAAGGGAUAUGUGGUCCACUUCACAUUUCCAGAGUUGGAAGAGGGAUUGAAUAAUAUGCUUAAUGGAGAAUUCUUCAAAGCCAAAGUGCAAAAGUAGCAUCUGAGGAACGUGGCUCGUGUUUCAAGCUAUGCUGUAAACAACCAAUUAGAUAAAAAGCACCCUCCGUUACCUCUUCCUCAUGUGGUAAAGAGAGCUGAGCACCUGGUGGGGAAGAAUAUAGACUACAAUCUAGUAAUGUCUAACUGUGAACAUUUUGCCACUAUGAUAAGAUAUGGCAUUGCUGAAUCACAGCAGGCAAUUUACUUUGAAGUGGGUGAAGGUUUUGUGAAGCAGAUAAAGAAAUGGCUAGCUGAGAUCAAUGAGUAGCGUGUGGAUCGAAGCAAUGGAAAACUGAAUUGCUAGAGAAAGAACCUCUUCUACAUGAAGCAGCAUUCAGAGGCUAGGAAUAACUGACUUGAAAAAGCAAGUAAAAUACUUACUAAUAACCCUUGUGCACUCUCCUCCUCCUACUUCGUGGUGCUAUGGCUAUGAAACUGUGAUGCUUUGGUAUUCUGUAUAUUGAACAUUUCUAAGAGCUCUGCCUAUGUGUCCGGACUAGUGCUGGUCAAG